AUGUUUGAUGAAGGACAGUAUAUGGCCCAAGAUAUUUGUGGAGGAGUUUCUCGGAGAGCCCUGGCGUGCGUACGGAUCUUCAUCAACAACGAGUUUGUCAACUCGGUCAGUGGAAAGGUAUUCCCGGUUAUCAACCCAUCUACAGGCAAGAAGAUUAUCGAUGUUCAAGAGGGCGAUAAGGCCGACGUGGACAAGGCCGUUGUGGCGGCCAAAGCAGCCUUUGCGGCCAAGUCGAAAUGGCGGAGUCUGGACGCCUCCAAGCGGGCGCAGCACCUUCUCACGCUCGCAGACCUCCUCAAGAGGGAUCAGGACUACAUUGCCAGUUUGGAGACGCUGGAAAACGGGAAGCCGUACAAGUGCGCGCAGGAGGACGUGGACGACGCCAGAGAAGCCCUCAAGUACUACGCCGCCUACGCCGACAAGGUGUACGGAAAGACGAUCCCCGUAGAUGGGGACUACUUUACCUACACCCGCUUGGAACCCGUGGGCGUCUGUGGUCUCAUCAUUCCGUGGAACUUCCCGUUGCCAUCGAUCAUGAUAAAGUUGGCUCCCGCUCUGGCGGCUGGCUGCGUGUGCGUGCUGAAACCUGCUGAACAGACGCCAUUGACGGCCCUGUACCUGGGAAAGCUCAUUAGGGAGGCCGACAUCCCCCCGGGGGUCGUCAACAUUGUGCCAGGGUACGGACCAACGGCUGGGGCGGCCAUUGCUGAGCAUCCGGACAUCAGCAAAGUGGCCUUUACAGGAUCCACCGAGGUUGGCAGGCUCGUCCAGAUGGCCGCUGGCAAGUCGAACACGAAGAGGGUAACAUUGGAGAUGGGUGGCAAGUGCCCCCUGGUGGUUUUUCCAGAUGCCGAUUUGGACGAAGCGGCAUCUAUCGCUGACGAGGGGCUGUUCUUCAACAUGGGCCAGUGCUGCGUGGCAACCAGCCGCCUCUACGUGCACGAGGACAUCUACGACAAGUUUCUGGCCAGAUCUAAAAAGCUAGCCGAGAAGAGGAGAGCAUUGGUCGGGGACCCCUUCGAUGAGGGGACUCAGCACGGACCGCAGAUCGAUGAGAUGCAGUUCAACAAGAUCAUGGAACUCAUCGAGUCUGGCAAGAAGGAGGGUGCCAGGCUUCUGGUCGGAGGAAACCGCGUCGGAAACGACGGUUACUUCAUCGAACCAACGGUGUUCGCAGACGUCACCGAGGACAUGCGUAUCGCCAAGGAGGAGGUCUGUGGCCCCGUCUUGUCGAUCCUCAAGUUCAAAACUCUGGAGGAGGCACUGGAGAAAGCAAACAACUCCAUGUACGGCCUAGCAGCAGGCGUUCUCACCAAGGACAUCGAUAGAGCUAUGGCUUUCGCUUCUGGUGUUCAAGCUGGAACCGUGUGGAUCAACACCUCCCUGGCGUGCAGCGUGCAGGCUCCUUUUGGAGGAUUCAAGAUGUCUGGCCUUGGUCGUGAAAUGGGAGAAGAAGGACUGAUGAACUACCUCGAAGUCAAGACGAUCACUUUGAAAACCUCGCAGAAGAAAUGACGAACCGGUAAAUUUCAGUGUUGACUUUCAGGCUACUUUUCCCACUGUCCUAAUUUCCGCUGAUUUAUACUCGAGGAUCGUUGGUUAGUUUUUCUCUUUGUAGGGAGGAAUGAAAUAAAGUGGUUUGUCACUA